AUGGGUAGCAUAGCAACAAGGUGGAGGCUUCUGAGCGGCGAGAACGAGUGGGCGGGUUUAUUGGAUCCUCUCGAUAUUGAUCUCCGCCGCUACAUCAUUCACUAUGGUGAAAGGGCCGGAGCCAUAGGCGAUGGCUUCAUCAAGGAAACAAAAUCAAGCAACUGUGGACUUCCGCGAUAUGCAAAGAGCCAAUUCUUCACCAAGGUGGGUUUGGAGAACUACAACCCUUAUAAGUACGUGGUGAAGAAGUAUUUGUAUGCAGCAACAAUGUUAUCUCCCGGCAGAUCGAACUGGUUGGCUUAUGUUGCGGUGGCAACGGAUGAGGGAAAGGAAGUGUUGGGGAGGAGGGACAUUUUGAUUUCAUGGAGAGGAACUGUGCUGGACGAAGAGGCCGGAAUUGAUUUGUUGUUCGAUUUAGUCUCGGCUUCUGAUAUUCUGGGAAGUGAGAGUGGAGCUAAGGUGCACCAUGGUUGGCAUUCCUAUUACACUAAUGUGGACCCUGUUUCUCCAUACACUAAAACUAGUUGUAGAGACCAGGUUUUAGCUACAAUUAGAGAAGUAGUGGACCAAUACAAGGAUGAGGAAAUAAGCGUAACUGUCACUGGCUACAGCAUGGGUGCUGCAUUUGCAAUCUUGAAUGCAACGGACAUUGUUUACAAUAGAUACAAUGUGCCUACUGCAUAUCCAGAUAAAGCCUGCCUUGUUACAUCCAUUGUGUUCGCUAGCCCUCGUCUCGGAGACGAAGGAUUCAGAAAAGUAUUCAGUAGUCUCGAAAACCUUCAUGUCUUACGCAUCACAAAUCUCCACGAUGUUAUAACUAUUCUACCGCCAUCAAGCAGUUAUGUUCACGUUGGAAAAGAGUUGGAAAUCGACACUCUCAAAUCUCCCUACUUGAAGGAUGCAUCGCAGUCCCUACACAAUUUGGAAGUUUACCUUCAUGGAGUUGCAGGAACACAAGGGAUAAAUGGUUUCAAAUUGGAGGUUUAUCGUGAUCUUGCAUUAGUGAACAAAAAGCUGGAUGGUCUAAACGACGAACAUAAUGUAGUUGCUAAUUGGUGGACAGAGAAGAACAAGUCUAUGGUUCAAAUGGAUAAUGGCUCCUGGGUUUUGAUGGAUCGUGAGAAAGAUGAUGAUAAUUGACCAGUCUGAAAGAGGUAGUCUAUUAGUAAAGUUUACCAAUGGUAUUGUACGUCUGCGGCCUUUUAUGUGUUCGUGCUUAGUUGUUUGGGAUCAAUGUCCUUCCCAUGCCAAUUCCAGCAAGAAAAUAUAUAUUGGAUGAUUCUCGCUCAUUCCACUAUUUGGGAACGUUUGAAAUGUUGAUGACGAAAUAUAAGCGCACAAAUGUGAAUUGUACUACAAUAAG